AUAACGACGCGCAUCUCUUGCAUCCUGCAUAUUUUCGAAAAGUUCGAAAAUAGCAGCGGGUUUAAAAAUACUCAAGUUCGUUUACCCCCAAGGAUGGGACGUUUCCGGAAUUAAAUUCUGAAUCAAGACCGAGAAUGCGAAAUAAACUAGGAAAAUCUAGCGUUUAUGGGAAACAAUUGAGGGUAACCUGGUAACGGAUGUAAAUGUUAUAAAAUUUUGUAACAGUUAUACACGGUUUUUUUUAUCGUCGCGUUUUUUGCGUUUAUAUAUUAUAUUUUUUUAUUAUAUUUACAAUGCGUGAGGUAAUUAAUGUACACAUAGGUCAGGGCGGUGUCCAAAUUGGAAAUGCAUGUUGGGAAUUGUUCUGCCUGGAGCACGGCAUUCAGCCCGAUGGGCAAAUGCCGUCUGACAAAACGGUCGGUGGAGGAGACGACAGCUUUAACACCUUUUUUAGUGAGACCGGAGCCGGAAAACACGUACCAAGAGCGGUGAUGAUCGAUUUGGAGCCGACGGUCGUAGAUGAAGUGCGCACCGGGACCUACCGCCAGUUAUUCCACCCCGAACAGCUAAUAUCCGGCAAGGAAGACGCGGCCAAUAACUACGCCCGAGGGCACUACACCGUCGGCAAGGAAAUCGUAGACUUGGUCCUCGACCGGCUGCGAAAGCUAGCGGAUCAAUGCACCGGAAUGCAGGGAUUCCUAGUUUUUCACUCGUACGGAGGCGGCACCGGCUCGGGAUUCACUUCCCUGCUCAUGGAAAGGCUCUCCGUGGACUACGGGAAAAAAUCAAAAUUGGAAGUCGCCAUCUAUCCUGCGCCCCAAAUUUCGACCGCAGUCGUCGAGCCGUACAACGCAAUCUUGACCACUCACACCACCCUGGAACAUUCAGAUUGCGCCUUCAUGGUGGAUAACGAGGCAAUCUACGACGUGUGCCGCAGAAACUUGGACAUCGAAAGGCCCACCUACACCAACCUUAACCGCUUACUGGCCCAAAUCAUCAGUUCAAUCACCGCGUCGUUGAGAUUCGAUGGCGCCCUCAACGUCGACAUGGCGGAAUUUCAAACAAACCUCGUUCCCUACCCUCGAAUUCACUUUCCCUUGGUGACCUACGCUCCGGUGAUAUCGGCGGAGAAGGCCUAUCACGAACAGCUAUCCGUACCGGAGCUGACAAACGCGUGCUUCGAACCUGCGAAUCAGAUGGUCAAGUGCGAUCCACGGCACGGUAAAUACAUGGCGUGCGUUGUCUUGUACAGAGGCGAUGUCGUGCCCAAAGACGUAAAUUCGGCCAUUGGCACAAUCAAGACUAAACGUACCAUUCAGUUUGUCGACUGGUGCCCGACUGGGUUUAAAGUGGGCAUUAACUAUCAACCACCCACUGUUGUACCAGGAGGCGACUUGGCCAAGGUCCAACGUGCAAUUUGCAUGUUAUCGAACACCACCGCCAUCGCGGAAGCGUGGGCACGGCUCGACCACAAGUUCGACUUGAUGUACGCCAAGCGUGCCUUCGUCCACUGGUACGUGGGCGAAGGAAUGGAGGAGGGUGAAUUUUCGGAAGCGCGAGAAGAUACCGCCGCAUUAGAGAAGGACUACGAAGAAGUCGGGAUGGAUUCGGGCGAGGGCGAAGGCGAGGGGGGAGAAGAAUUUUGAUAAUUGUGUACUUUUACAUUAUUUUACAGAAAUAUACGUAAAGUCACAUUUUUGA